CGGAGUUUCCCACACACCACGUGACCACUUCGUUUGGUGUCGUCAGAGGCUCGAGUGACCCAGCUCAGUUGAUCAGUCCGAGUCCAGCGACUAGGAGGAGGAGGGAGAGCUAAUGUGGGCAGCCACUGUAAAUUGAACACAUUAAAGAUUGUUCUAGUAGCAGAGUGAGCCAUCACCCACAUCAUGUCCCAGGACAAGAGUGGAUUCCCUGUUAUGGGUGAGAACAACCCGCUUCACAACAACGUCUAUGGACCCCCUCAGCCGGGUUUCGGCAUGCCCCCUCCUAACUACAGCCAAGCCCCCGGGGAACCGUACCCCCCAGCAACCGGAUACGGACAGCCAGGCUACCCCCAGGCUGGACCGGGCUUCGCCCCUGGUCCCUACCCUCAGAUGCCUUACGCUCAGAUGCCCUACCCACAGGGACCCUACACUCAGGGGCCUUAUCAGCAAGGACACCCACAGCAAGGCUUUCCCGUUGACCCAAUGGCUCCUACCGGCGGUCCUGGUUACCAUAGCGAGGGGCCUCCAUCUUACUACGACAAUGAGGAGUUCACCGACUCUGGCUUUGAGGACAAGACCAUCAGACAAGCCUUCAUCAGAAAAGUCUUCAUGGUUCUCACAGUGCAGCUGGCUGUCACUUUCUCGUUUGUUGCUGUCUUCACCUUCGUCGAUGAGGCCAAGUACUUUGUGCGGCGCAACCCGUGGACAUACUAUGUGUCCUAUGCAGUCUUUUUUGUGUGUCUGAUCGUCCUCAGCUGUUGUGGAGAGUUCCGCCGCAAACACCCCUGGAAUUUGGUCGCACUGUCCAUUCUGACCCUGAGUCUCUCCUACAUGGUGGGCAUGAUUGCCAGCUUCUAUGACACAGACACUGUCAUCAUGGCCGUUGGCAUCACUGCAGUCGUCUGCUUCACGGUCGUGCUCUUCUCACUACAGAGCAAGUAUGACUUCACUUCCUGUCAGGGCGUGCUGUUUGUUUGCCUGAUCGUGCUGUUGCUCUUCUCCGUUCUCUGCAUCUUCAUCCGCCACAGGAUCCUUCACAUCGUUUAUGCCUCACUGGGGGCCCUGCUCUUCACUUGCUUUUUGGCUGUGGACACUCAGCUUCUCCUCGGCAACAAGAAGCUGGCACUGAGUCCAGAGGAGUACAUUUUUGCUUCCCUCAACCUCUACACUGACAUCAUCAACAUUUUCCUCUACAUCCUGGCUAUUGUGGGACGCUCCCGUGAAUGAGGAUUCCCUUGAAGAGAAUACAUGGGAAAAUUCCUCCCUUUUAUUGGAAAAUGUUGCUAACAUGCUCUCUAACUCCUUUAGCCUUUUCCCAUCUUUAUUUACUCUCCCGUCGCAGCUACACCUUUUUUCAACAGGCAGUUAUGCUGUGGAACAGGUGCAGCCUGUCUUAAAAUCUAACUGAGAGGGAAACUAUUAAUUUGACACAAACUUGUCAUUGAUGACAAAAUGGUCUUUCUUUUUCCUCAAUUUGACCAAUGCACUCGCUGUAACUGUGCUUCUACUAACACAGAUGGCAACAUUAUGGCUACAGUACUUCAUUCAUACGUUACAAAAUGUGUUAUCCUGUGAAUGUGUGGCACUCCGCUUCGCCUUGUUGCAGAAAUUAGACAGAAAAUGAGCGGGUGUCCAAAAGCGCCCAACAUGGCUGCAGACCAGCUUUCCUCGAAAAGAACUUAGUGCUAGAAAUGCCCUCCUCUUUCAGGCUAGAGACUCGGAGGAAUCCCUCUGUCUUGCCUCUCACAGCUGUAAAUAGUGAGUGUAUAACUGUGUAUAAUACUUGGCCCCUCCAUAACCCCGAUGUGUUGCUUUUGGCUAAAAUUUGCGCCGAUAUUAGGACACUUACCCAGUACACCAACUAAAAUCCUUUGAAGGAAAAAUGAAAUAAAUUUUGGAUGUGAAAAACAUGAACAUACAUUUUUAUUUAUAAAAGAUAUAUUCUUAUGGAAUGUCAUUGUGUUUUGAAAUGUGUAUUGUUCUAAAGUAAGAAGUCCGCUUCUUCAUUACUGUUCUUAAUAAUUCACUCUCAUAUUGUCAUUAACGUGAAGUGAGCAUUUUGUGCUGUAUUUGUUUUGUUUUUCUCAUUACAACUGAACAAAAGUAUUAGGAAGUAUUGGAAUCUCUGCCCACUUCCUCAACCAAGCUGAUCCAACUUUCAGGACUUGAGAGUUCUACCACUAUUAUAAAGCAGACGGACGACAGACUUAUCGUAUCGAUUUAUUGAGCUUGAUGUAGAUAAUAGGGUUGCUUUGAGGUUGCUUUUAAGAUGAGGUUGAGGAAGACACCUGCUAAUGCUAUUGUUUUGUUUACAAAGACUUUUUCACUUAAUGUGAUUGUGAAACCAUUUGUACACUGAUAAUACUCAUAAGCUAAAUGAAUUAAAUGAAAUGCACUGAAAAGCCACCAUCCUCACUGCAUGUAAACACACACAACAUGAAGGAUAUAUUUAAAAUGAAAUGGUUUUAUUUUGUCCGUAUUGAUUUUUCACCCCUCGCAUGACCCUCUCCUCUCCUUUGCAUGUGCUGAUAAUGCACACUAUGCAGGUAUUUCUUUUUGGUUUUGGAGAGACACACUUGUUGUUUGGCAGCCCUGGUAAACUUUUUUUCAACUCUUGUACUUGUAUCUAACUGAUGUGUAGGUGUACAUAGAACUCCUUCGUGGAUUGAUGUGUAUAGGUAAAGUAAUUCUUGGGCUUUGUAGGUCUGUUGGCAUAUAUUUGCAUUGAAUUAAAUUAAAUUGAAGUGGAGGCACAAUCUUCUACAUUGCUGUUUGCUUUUCAUUAAAACUGAUACAUUGUAAAGGGUGUUGGAUUGCAUUUGUUCAUUUACCCAAUCCACUCUGAUGAAGAUUUUUGUGAUGAAGGUAAACUGGUUGUGUUGAUUUUAGAUAUUGACUAAUAAAUCAGCAAUACACGUUA